UUCCCUCCGUCGCUAUAAAUGAGCGGCGCGGCACAAGAUGUUUCACAGGCAGUUUCUCCCUCGCGAAUGACGUCCCCGCCUGAAAGAUGAAUUCUCAGCAGAUCCGGGUUCUGAAUUUCAGCCUGCAGACCGACAUUCAGAACGAUUUGAAUGGCUUCAAGGAAAAGCAUGGUGUCAUCUCAAAUGGUUCAGAGACAGAAGAUGAACCGCUGCUCAGAGAAAACCCCAAGCGCUUUGUGGUCUUUCCCAUCCAGUACCCCGACAUCUGGAAGAUGUACAAGCAGGCUCAGGCCUCCUUCUGGACUGUAGAGGAGGUGGAUCUGUCCAGAGACCUGGUCGACUGGCACCACCUGAAACCUGAUGAGAGGCACUUCAUCUCUCAUGUGCUGGCCUUCUUCGCUGCCAGUGACGGCAUUGUCAACGAAAACCUGGUCCAGCGGUUCUGUCAGGAGGUCCAGAUUCCAGAAGCCCGCUCCUUCUACAGCUUCCAGAUCUUGAUUGAGACGGUUCACUCUGAGAUGUACAGCACGCUGAUCGACACCUACAUCAGGGAUCUUGAAGAGAGGGAACAUUUAUUCAAUGCUAUUCAAACGAUGCCUUGUGUGAAGCGGAAAGCAGACUGGGCCCUUCAGUGGAUCAACGACAACCAGUCCACGUUUGGGGAGAGAAUUGUAGCCUUUGCAGCAGUGGAGGGAAUCUUCUUCUCUGGCUCAUUUGCAGCCAUUUACUGGCUGAAGAAACGAGGGCUGAUGCCCGGACUCACCUUCUCCAACGAGUUGAUCAGCAGGGACGAGGGACUGCACUGCAACUUUGCGUGUCUGCUGUACAGCCACCUGGUGAAGAAGCCAUCCACCGACAGAGUGAAGGACAUCAUCACCAAAGCUGUCAGCAUUGAACAGGAGUUUUUGACUGAGGCUCUGCCAGUGAAGCUCAUCGGGAUGAACUGUGAUCUGAUGAAGCAGUACAUCGAGUUUGUGGCUGACCGACUCCUCAACGAUCUGGGACUCGAUAAGAUUUACCAAGUUGGGAAUCCGUUCGACUUCAUGGAAUCCAUCUCUCUGGAGGGCAAGGCCAAUUUCUUCGAGAAGCGUGUUGCUGAGUACCAAAAAUUUGGAGUCAUGUCGAGCACAAGCGGAAGCGAAUUCACUCUGGACGCUGACUUCUGAAAUGAGCGCUCAUUUGACCUGUUUGUGCAAUUGCUACUCCCGCGUCUGCCUUACAAACAUGUUUCAUAAGCCUGAGGUUUUCAACUUCAACACAUGGCUUUGUGUUGAAAAAACACUCUUCCAACAUUCGCCUCCCACAUAUAAGGAAGGGUUUUGUCUCAAUAAUGUACUGUUUCAUUCUCAUUAUGUAGGACAAGGCACAUCACGUAUUUUAACUUAACUGUCAUUUUACAUGACAUUAUUUCAAUUUGAAGUAUCUGAUUGUUUGCUGCUGUUUUGUGGAUUCUGAGCUACUGCAUGUGUCCAGCUAUUAAAUAUGAUCCUGAUCAGAAGUCCGUUUGUUUAGUGAUUGAAUUGAAUGUUUUUAAUGUUAAAAGCAGCGUUGGCUGGUUUAACUUCCUUCAGCAGUAUGUUCCUCUCUAGUCUGGGUGUGACCAGACAAACAUCCUGAUCAUCUAGUUUAUUACAGCUAACCUUGUACACCCAAAAUGAGAAUCACGUUCAGAUCCUCUGGCGUAAACUGACCCUUGUCACAGUCCAGGAUGAAGCUUGGAAAAGUUUUUUUUUUUUUUUUCUUGUCAAAAUAUUUAUUAAAACCUGAGUGAAAAUGUUGCCUUCUGCUUUAGCUUUUAUUUCAGAUACUGAUUUCAGUUCCUGGCCUUAUUUAGCACCAUAUUAAGAAAUGCCUGGUUAUGCCAAACAGGGACAAGAGAACAGGCAAAAACCGAGCGUGAGUUGUGAAUGUCAGUGUUGUUGUACAGCACUGCGCUUCCAACAGACGUUUGGUGUCGAGCUACUGCCUAUUUGCAGUGAAGGAAACUUUGGUGGAAAAACCUUUUCAGGUAUCAUUGAACAUAUCAUAAUAAAUGAAAGAGUAACAGCCUGCUGCUGACUACACUGAACUCAUCUGGUUGUUUGUUUGAAUGCUCUAUUUUACAUCAUAAAAUCUACACUGUCUUAACUCUGCUGUUAUCGAUGCUUGUGACUACUGAUGUAUUUUCUGUUAUGGUAAUGGGGAAUAAAAGUUUGCUGUGAAGGGCGGCUCCUU